UGUAGUACAAUGAACUUCUGACUCUAAUAAUCGCCCACUAUACUAAAAAGCCAACCAUGAAGAGAUUGUUCCUUUUAGCCCUUUUUCUUCUUUGUGCAUCUUCUGUGAGGUCCAAAAAGAGUGUGCUGGAGUACAAUGAGGCUGAUGUGGAGAGGAUCUACCGUCAGUGGGAUGAGAACGAUGAUGACGAUGAUGACGAUGAUGACGAUGAUGAUAUGCUCAGACCACCUCAACCCCCUCAAGGUAUCAACCUGGACGCCCUGAGGGAAGGAAAGAUCAACCCUCAGGAGAUGAUGAAAAUGAGCAAGAAAGGGAAGCCCAUUAUGCUAUUCAUCGGGGUCAGAGGUGUGCCAGAUCGGGAGCGGACGGAACAAGUCAGCAGUUUGUGGGCACAGAGCUUGCAGAAUGCACACCUUCAGGUCCAGCGUUAUGUGGUGUCUGAUGAUCGUGUGUUACUCAUGGUGACGGACGGGAGUUUGGCCUGGGAUGUCAAAGAUUACAUCAUCACUCAGACUGACUGCACUACUGUCACUUUUGAGCAGCAGUCUUUCAACUGUGCAGGGUGGACCGAACCAGCAGAAAAGAAAACCGAACUAUGACACACUGACACUAGUGUUUACUAUUAUACCAAUCAAAGACACAAUCAUUCUUCGACAUAAUUACCCUUUUUUGGAAAUACCUCACGUUUGACAUUCUUAUAAAGAUGUGUACAAAUUUUUGAUAUAUAGA